AUGUUGCUGUUACUGCUGAUUCUGCUACCUGUAACUGUGGCGGAUUCCUUUUGGAUGACAGCCGAAUUGCUUCGGGUGGAUUGGCGAGAAGGAUGCCUAACCACCGCUGGUUGCUCUCAACCAAGAUUUAAGAUUCUCCAAGAUAUGCUUCCCCUGACUGAGAAGAUCUCCAUCAGUUGGCCAGUUUCUGAACAUUUCGUUCAGGAUUCUGCGCGUGCAUUCGUCUCCCACUGGACGAAUGGCAAACCCGAAGACGUGACGAUGUCAUGCCAAGUGGUUGGCACCGAUCCAACGUACGGCUUUCCACGAAUCUGCGAUCAAACUCCAUCACUUCGCAUAUUCCAAGAGCGUGAUAUGGAAGCGUUCAUGGGUCGAAAUCGUCGUCAUCAGACCACGACCACUGUGCCGCUUUCUGAAGAGGAUCUGGGAAAGAAAUUGAUUGAAAUACGUGGUAAAUGCUUCAAUGCCACUGUAGCCGUACAGAAACAUACCGAAAGAUGCCCAUGGUGUCCGGAUCCUUCGGAUGUGACACUGAUUGAACAAAGGAUGCCCGAUGAACCGUCCGUCUUCUCAGCGUCUAUACUUUCACAGCUUCGAGGCGACGACCGUAUUCUGCAUGUCUCCCUAUUGGUCUUAGCUGGAAUAGCCAUUCUAGCAUCGGCUGGUUUCGCUUGUGUCCUGGUGGCAUUUCUUCGACAGAAAAAAACUCAUCGUCAAAUCUCCGUGAAACCACGCUACCACCCGUACUCUCCGACGAGCUGCAAGACUGCUGACGAUGAAAAUCGUUAUGAUAUGCCUUGGGAGCAAACUCGUCCACUCACCUACUGGAUGUCAUCGUCGUCCAAGUCUGAAGCGACCACCACGUCUCCACUGGAUUCUGCAUCGUCGCUCGGUGCUCAAUCUUCCAUUAUUGCUCCUUACAGCUUCCGAUCCGGCUGCACCAUCCCCCAAACUCAUCUUUACCACCACAUCUCACCCAAUUCCUCUAUCGGUCCGGGUCAUGACUCUGGACUGGAAUCUGUCUAG